AAAAGAGGAGUAGACCAUAUCUAUAGGAAGUAAGGAGUUUUUGUUCAUUGUAUAUUGACUUUUGCAGCUCAUGAUGGCAUCAGUAACUGGAAAUGCUACUGAAACUACAGCAGGCCAAGAAAAUGGCAACCAACAGAAUGUUGUUGACAGAGUGACUAAUCUACCACUUGUGAGUUCUGCUUGUGACCAAGUAUCUGCUGCAUAUACAAGUACCAAGGAGAGCUAUCCUGCAGUAAAGACUAUCUGUGACCUUGCUGAGCAGGGAGUGAAGACCAUAGUCACUGUUGCUGCCAGUGGUGCUAAACCUCUUAUAGACAAGCUGGAACCUCAAAUUGCAGUAGCUAAUGAGUAUGCCUGUAAAGGUUUGGACAAGCUGGAGAAGUUGCCUAUCCUUCAUCAAGCUACAGACCAGGUUCUUCCUGAAACUAAGAAGCUGCUAACAACUAAGAUGGCUGAUGUAAAAGAAUCAGUUGUGGGAGUUGUGGACAUGACUGCAGCUGCUGUGCAAGGCAAUCUGGAAAGAACUAAAGCAGCUGUGGUUGAAGGUACAAGUGCUGUGGGUCAUCUAGUAACCACUGGCAUAGAUAUUUCUCUCUCCAAAUCGGAGCAGUUGGUUGAUCACUAUCUUCCAAUGACCAAGGAAGAACUAGCUGAAGUGGCUGUUUCAACCGAAUGUUCAGACACUUUGCCACAAGAACAGAGUUAUUAUGUGCGCUUGGGAUCUUUAUCUUCCAAAGUUCGUAGUCGUGCAUACCAGUACUCCAUUGCCAAGAUGCAGCAAGCAAAGCAGAAUGGCCAGGAGACGCUCUCUCAUCUCCACAAUCUUGUAGAUUUGAUUGAAACAGCCAACAAAAGUGCAGAAUCAGCCCAACUCAAAUUACAAGAUGUUCGAGUAAAUUUGAAUCAGCUUCUGCUUGACUGGAAGAAGCAACAGCCUAAUUUUCAAGCUGAAGACCUGUCUGAGAAAACUGAACAAGUUGAAUCUGAAACACUGGCUGUGACUCAGAAUCUCUCUUCUAAACUUCACACCAUCUGCCAGAUGUUGUCUUCAAAUGUUCAUGGUUUGCCCCAGAAUAUUGAAAAUCAGGUGCAGCAUGUCUGUAAACUGGCAGAAGACCUCUACAAUGCUCUUUCAUCAGCCACAUCAUUCCAAGAAUUGUCAACACCACUCUUGAUCCAGAGUAAAGAGCAAAUGCUGAAGAUUCGUGAAGCUAUGGAUGGGGUGAUGGAUUAUCUGGCUCACAACACCCCCUUGAAUUGGCUGGUGGGACCCUUUAUCCCACAGCUGACUAAUGAUCAGGAGCCUCUGGGAUCGAUGAAGUAAAGCAGCCUGGUACUGACCCAAAUAAAUGAGGUUUUUGGGCUAGAAUUCUCAUGUUUGCUACCACUUGAAAUCCAGCUGUAGAACAGGUUAAUUUUAAUGCUAACUUAAAUGAAUGCUUCUAUGAAAUUUCUUGAGGCAACUUUCAUUUGUCUAGUUUGAGUUCAUGAUAGCCAUCUGUUCUAGUAACAAUUGCUUGUUUUCAAUAUCAAUUAAUGGUGGUAAUUGUAAUAAAGUGGCAUAUAAAAGUCAAUACACUGACCUCCAAAUCAUUGAUUAGAGGGUUGGCUGGUUCUAGUUUAGCAUGAGUUAUUUGUUGUCAGAAUGCUCCUUUCAAAACUAAACCUUUAUUCCUUCCGAAGCAGACUGCCACUUGGUAGCUGCCUCUAUAAUGAACAGACAUGGAGCAUGUAUUUCUACAAUGUAACUAGGAGCAGGAGUGUGGGGCAUUAGCAUUUCACAAUGCUUCACUGUUCAGAAUGAGCAUGCAUGAUCUUGCCACCAUGCCAUAUUUCCCAUACACCCUAACUGCCUCAAAAAAAAAUCAAACAUUAUGCUGGUGGUUUGAUCUAGAGCCAGAGUAUAAAUAACCUAUAACAUCAGCUGUAAAACAACUUACUAACUUUUGACAUAUCAAAAUUUUAGGUUUUAGCCUUUUGACAAUGCAAAUAUUUGAAGAAUUUGUAAUGUCACUCCCACUAAGGCAUUGCAGAAUGUAAGUGUACAUUAAAAAUAAAUCUGUCCUGGCUUUGAAAAAUUGAAA